GGCUGAUAAUGCGAGUUUUUAAUUCACUGACUUUUGAUGAGGAUGGUGGGUGACGGCUCUUAAAUAAGAGCCUCCUCGUGCUCGACCGAAUCACGUGUCCAUAUACGCCAGCUGCACCUUCGCGAGUUACCGGCAAGUGGAGUGUGUGUUGCUGUUGUAAACCGGUAACGGGGCGUCCCGCGGAGGGCUUGCCAUCGCAACAGGAGUGUAUAAAAGCUAUGAAGAUGACACGCCGUUGAACACGCCGGAAAGAUGCGGGGCUUGAGUUUGCUCCUGUUCAUAACUGUGGCUAAUGAAGCAACGACUGACCUUUCUGUGACCGGAGCAUCGGUCCCGCCAGAGCUGGAGGUAAGCGCGGCACCUGCCGGCACAUCCCCCGUCGCCUCGCGCUAUGUUCCAGAAGAGUACGGGCAUCCCGGGAUUGCGCAGGCCCGGUCUGCGGAGGAGCCGGCGGCGCCGAGCACGGAGGACGGAGAGUCGUCUCACCAGCACGGAGGAGGAGGUUACAGGAUAGUGCAGUGGGAAUGGAGCUACGUGCAGACACCUUACAUUAUAGCCAGCUGGCUUUUGGUGGCCAGUGUAGCGAAAAUACUAUUCCACUUCUCUCAGCGUUUUACCACUGCGGUCCCAGAGAGCUGUAUGCUGAUUCUGCUGGGUCUGGUUCUGGGUGCAGUGGUCCUUAUCGCCAGCAAGAAGCAGCCGUACCAACUGGACCCAGGACUUUUUUUCCUCUUUCUCCUGCCGACUAUAGUCGGGGAUGCUGGGUAUUUUAUGCCAGCACGGCUCUUUUUUGACAACCUGGGUGCCAUUUUGAUGUAUGCUGUGGUAGGCACAUUGUGGAACGCCUUCUGCACUGGAUUCUGUCUCUAUGGAGUCAAGAUGGCAGGGGUCAUAGAUGAAAAAGUAAACGCAGGUUUGAUGGAUUUCUUGUUGUUUGGAGCUCUGAUCUCGGCUGUGGAUCCUGUAGCAGUGAUCGCUGUGUUUGAAGAAGUCCAUGUGAAUGAGACACUCUUCAUCAUUGUCUUUGGCGAGUCACUGCUCAAUGAUGCUGUCACUGUGGUCUUAUACAAAGUGUACAUAUCCUUUGUGGAAGUGGGACCAGGAAAUGUUUACACUGCAGACUAUUUUAAAGGAAUUGCAUCCUUCCUCAUUGUCAGUAUUGGAGGGACUUUGGUUGGGCUCAUCUUUGCCAUUAUUCUGGCCUUUGUCACUCGUUUUACGAAGAAUGUGCGCAUCAUAGAGCCACUGUUCAUCUUCCUGUUAGUUUACCUGGCCUACCUGACGGCAGAACUCUUCUCUCUGUCAGCUAUUCUAUCGAUGACUUUCUGCGGCAUUGGCUGCAACAAGUAUGUGGAGGCCAAUAUAUCCCAGAAGUCCCGGACCACCGUGAAGUACACCAUGAAAACCCUGGCCAGCAUUGCAGAGACGAUCAUCUUCAUCUUUUUGGGUAUCUCAGCUGUGGACAAGUCCAAGUGGGCCUGGGACACUGGCCUUGUCGUUAGCACACUCAUAUUUAUCUUAGUCUUCAGGGCUGUGGGUGUUGCAGGGCAGACUUGGUUCCUGAACUGGUUCAGACUGGUUCCCCUGGAAAAGAUUGAUCAAGUGGUGAUGUCAUACGGCGGUCUCCGAGGUGCAGUGGCCUUUGCUCUGGUGGUACUUUUAGAUAAAGAACACGUGAAGGCUAAAGACUACUUUGUGGCAACAACCAUAGUUGUGGUUUUCUUCACAGUCAUGUUUCAGGGUUUAACCAUCAAGCCUUUAGUGAAAUGGUUGAAAGUGCCUCGCAGCACAAACAGAAAACCCACCAUUAACGAAGAGAUCCACGAGCGUGCCUUUGACCACAUUCUGACAGCUGUGGAAGACAUUGCCGGUUUGAAUGGAUACCAUCACUGGAGGGACAAGUGGGAGCAAUUUGACAAGAACUAUUUGAGCAAGCUGCUGUUGAGAAAGUCUGUGUACCAUAAGAGUGAACUGUGGGAGGCCUAUCAGAAAAUCAACAUCAGAGAUGCCAUCAGUGUCAUUGAUCAGGGUGGGAAUGUGUUGACCUCUGCUAGACUCUCUCUGCCUUCCAUGGCCAGCAGAACCUCUUUUCCAGAGGUCACCAAUGUUACCAACUACCUGAGAGAAAAUGGCAGUGGGGUGUGUCUAGACCUCCAGGUGAUUGACACAGUGCCAGGAGCCAAAAUAGAGGAAGAUCUCGAGACACAUCAUGUUCUUGUUGAAAACCUCUACAAACCCAGGAGACAGUACCAGUCUCACUACAGUCGGCACUUCAUGACAGUGGGUGAAAAAGAGAGACAGGACAGGGAGGUGUUCCAGAGGAAUAUGCACAACCGUCUGGAGUCCUUUAAAUCCACUCGCUACAAGCGCCACAAGAAGGACCGCAGUCAGAAAAAGCGGAAAGGGUCAGAUGCUAAAGAGCAAGACACCAGUGACAAACCACGCCGAAAUGUCAGCUGGCAGGACAAAGACCCAGUUGUGGUUCCAAUGGCGCCUGAGGAGGAUAAACAUGAUCCUCCUGAACCAGAUAAAGAUGAUGAUGUAGGCAUCACUUUUGUGGCUCGCAAAGCCCCAGAAACACCAAAGGAGAGACCAAAAUCAGUACCAGCUGCACUGGAUGGUUGUCAGAGCCCGGUCGCAGCCCCUCCAUCGCCAACAUGUGGAGAGAAAAACCUGCCGUGGAAAAGUGGCAUGGGUUCCCUCCCUCCCUGUGUGUCUGUGGAGGCAACUAAAAUUAUCCCUAUAGACCUGCAGCAGGCUUGGGACCAGAGCAUCUCCUCUCUUGAGAGCCUGGCUUCUCCUCCGGAGCCUCAGCACCCACGUGUUAGCGCCGUCUCGAGCCUGGGAGGACCCGUGUGGACCCCUGCAAAGGGAAAAAGUGGUGCAGGAUCAGGAAGUAAUACAGGUUCCCCAAGUUCAUUGCAGUUCAAGUUCCCUACAGGGAAGGAGGAUGAGGAGGAAGGCACCCUCUCUCAGCGGCAGCAGGAAAUGCAGGCCCUAAUGUCUUCUUUGAGGCAACCGCCGCCACCUGCCACUCAAUCCGCAGGAAAGAGAAGGAAUCCUUGUGUUUAUCUUAGAAGUCUGGUGACAGUGCCACCUUCUGGUGCGGAGCCCCAAAGCAGGAAGCCGACCCAAUUGUAAAAAUUCUCUCUUUCCUGUUUUAUCUUUUUAUAACCCUAGAUCUUACUGCAGAUCUUACUGCAGACAUUUACCUCCUCAGGCCAGUUUGACAGGCCACGGACUUUGUGUUUUUUUUUUUUAAAGUCAGUAAAUUUAUUUCUAAGAGACUAUUAAUUUGUUCUUCUUUUUUAACGCUAAUAGGUUACAUGGGUUGGUAGAGUUAGCCGAGGGUCCAUUUCCUUUGUGUACAGGGCAGAUCAUUUCACACUUCCUUUUUUGUUAGCUUGAAGUGUUCUGCCCUGUAUUAUGUGCCUCCGCAUAUGCGAUUGUCAGAAAUGUACUGUACAACUAUUGAACAUAUAUAAGGCUUAACCACAUUCCAAAGGCCUACUGGGUGUGACUGUCAAACUGUUUUCAUUGAACUGUCCUCCCUCACUCAUUCAUUCACAUCAAAGAAAAGAAAAUCACUUCAUGGUUACUCUUAACUUCACAGCGUAAAUCUCCAGUCAGCCUGUCCAUCUUAAAACAAGAAUGAGUUAUACUGAGGUCUUCCCUUUCCAGACUGGGAGGACAAAGUAACACAUUUUCUUACAGCAAAUCACAGAAAGCACAUGAGCUUAGGGCCACAUGUCUUCAGUCUCUAAAAUAUGCAUAACAAAUCCACACCCACAACUUUGGGUGACAAAUAAUCCAUUAUGGUUGUCAUCAGGAGCAUUUAUGCAGCUUCUAUGCAGCACAUUACCUGUUCUCUGUAAUUGAGUUUUGCAAAAAAGCAAGGUAUGUUAAUUUAUUUUGUAUUUAUGUAUCAUCUUCAUGCCUUUAAUGCUUCUGCUUUCUGAAUAACAGGGUUUUGUGAACCUGCAUUUUAAUGUUCAAGAUAUGCAUAGCUGUUUUAAUAACAAAAGUGGAUAAUGUUAAUAUUUAUUAUUCGGUUUUUGCCCAUCAUUACUUAAUUCUUUUAUGAUACUAUAUUUAUAAUCAUGAAUAAUAAAUUAUGGAUCAUCAGAAUUAUGUGCUUAAUCAGUAGUAGGGGCCUGGAAACUGUCGCUGUGUAAAUCUUGUGCCUAAUAACACUGUAGGUCCGAUGUGAUGCAAAAUGUCUACAGAAAUAAUUUACAGAGAAUGCACAGACUCAUCUAUAUAAUCUAAUGCACUUAUUUUAAUGUGGUUUAGCUUGAGCAACUGUAUGCAGGCACAAUGACUUGAGAUGGAUGUAAAUUUUGUUUCUAAAAUUGCUUUUAAUUUGUCUGACAAUGACAAAGACAUACCAACAUAUUUAUGUUUACUCUAAGUCAGUUGCUCUAUACCACGUCUUCAUCCUUUAAGGUUCUUAUUGUAGCAUACAAUGGAACAGAAUUUAGGUUUUGCACUUUAUACUGAAAGCCAUUUUAGCCCAGUUGUACCUAUAAUGUUGUUGAAUCUGCUGUCCCAAUGUUUUGUAUUGCUGUGUAAUUCUGUGUAUGUACUGACGAUUGGUGUGCCUUGAGAGGGACGUGCUAGAUGUUGAGAAAGAGGCCUUGUUGAUCUCUUGUGCCUGUAAACAGUAUGGAGUGGUUCAGUGCUAUGUUGUCUUACUUGAGCUUCUCGUGUUAGCAGAAUUAUUGCCCCAGUCAUUUGACCCCAUAGAAACUGAAUUGGAAUUAAAUAAUCUACCCAUUUAAUUCAAAUGGAAUUUUAAGCUCUUUUAUCCCAUAUGUGUUUAUUUUUGUUAGCAUCUAUAUUAGGUAUCUGUGUGCCAAAUAUUGACUUUGAAUAGCUUCCUGGAAUAAAGUUACCAUAAGAGAGGACAGCGCUUUUGAAUUA